ACCGCACACUGGUUGACAUCAGGAGAGGAGAGGAGAUAGCAAGAGGGUACCAUUCCUUGAAGAACCGAGAUAUCCCUGCUUGUUUUGUCAUAUGCAUCAUUUCAUAUCUGCAGGAAAUAGGGCGGACUCGAAGCUAAACACGGAUUUACCCUGAUUUCCCGCAUUUAGAACUUUACAUUUCCGUCUGUUUGAUGCUUUUGCACGGACGCUAGUGAUACAAAGCAGGUGAGACCGAGGGGGCCGCUCCUUGAGGAUUCGGGUGGAAAUGUCGAGCGAGAAGCCGGUUUCAGCACCGGGUUCCGGCUCGCUCUCGGAUCGAGAAGGUCCCCCUGGUCCUGGGCAGCAAGUCGUUACAGGUUCUGCUUCAGGGGAGAUGAUGGUGUCUGGAUCUGGCUCCAUGGUUCUCCCCGCCGGGGUGAUCAACCCCACGGUUCCGAUCCGGAAUAUCAAGAUGAAAUUCGCCGUCCUCAUUGGUCUUAUACAGGUCGGAGAGGUUAGCAACAGAGACAUCGUCGAAACAGUUCUGAAUCUGCUGGUGGGCGGUGAGUUUGACCUGGAGAUGAACUUCAUCAUCGCGGACGCGGAGAGCAUCGGCUGCAUGGUGGAGCUGCUGGAGCACUGCGACGUGACCUGCCAGGCUGAGAUCUGGAGCAUGUUCACCGCCAUCCUGCGCAAGAGCGUCCGCAACCUGCAGACCAGCACCGAGGUCGGCCUCAUACAGCAGGUGCUCAACAAGAUGAGCGCCGUGGACGACAUGAUCGCAGACUUAUUAGUGGAUAUGCUGGGAGUCUUGGCCAGCUACAGCAUCACAGUAAAGGAGCUGAAGUAUCUUUUCAGCAUGUUAAGAGGAGACAGCGGAAUUUGGCCGAGGCACGCCAUCAAGCUGCUGUCAGUGUUGAAUCAGAUGCCCCAGAGGCAUGGCCCAGAUACCUUCUUCAACUUCCCCGGACGCAGUGCAGCGGCCAUCGCUCUGCCGCCCAUCGCAAAGUGGCCUUACCAGAAUGGCUUCACCCUCAACACCUGGUUCCGUAUGGACCCGCUCAAUAAUAUUAAUGUGGACAAGGACAAGCCAUACCUCUACUGUUUUCGAACCAGCAAAGGGAUCGGCUACUCAGCACAUUUCGUGGGCAACUGCCUGAUCGUGACGUCACUGAAGUCGAAGGGCAAAGGCUUCCAGCACUGUGUCAAGUACGACUUCCAGCCCAGGAAGUGGUACAUGAUCAGCAUCGUCCACAUCUACAACCGCUGGAGGAACAGCGAGAUCCGUUGCUACGUCAACGGCCAGCUGGUCUCCUACGGCGACAUGGCCUGGCAUGUCAAUACCAACGAUAGUUAUGACAAAUGCUUCCUGGGUUCCUCGGAGACGGCGGACGCCAACCGGGUCUUCUGUGGCCAACUGGGGGCCGUCUACGUGUUCAGUGAGGCGCUCAACCCCGCACAGAUCUUCGCCAUCCACCAGCUGGGGCCUGGCUAUAAGGGCACGUUCAAGUUCAAGUCGGAGAGUGACAUCCACCUGGCGGAGCACCAUAAGCAGGUGCUGUACGAUGGGAAGCUGGCCAGCAGCAUCUCCUUCACCUACAACGCCAAGGCCACCGACGCCCAGCUGUGUCUGGAGUCCUCGCCCCGGGAGAACGCCUCCAUCUUCGUGCACUCGCCACACGCACUCAUGCUACAGGAUGUGAAAGCCAUCGUCACCCACUCCAUCCACAGUGCCAUCCACUCCAUUGGGGGAAUCCAGGUGCUCUUUCCCCUCUUCUCUCAGCUGGACUACAGGCAGCCCAACGACAACCCUGUAGAGACCACGGUUUGUGCCACUCUGCUGACCUUCCUGGUGGAGCUGCUGAAGAGCUCGGUGGCCAUGCAGGAGCAGAUGCUGGGGGGGAAGGGCUUCCUCGUCAUCGGAUACCUGCUGGAGAAGUCGUCGCGGGUGCACAUCACGCGUGCGGUGCUGGAGCAGUUCCUGUCGUUUGCCAAGUACCUAGACGGCCUGGCCCACGGGGCGCCUCUGCUCAAGCAGCUGUGUGACCACGUGCUCUUCAACGCCGCCAUCUGGAUACACACGCCCGCCAAGGUGCAGCUGUCUCUCUACACGUACCUGUCGGCGGAGUUCAUCGGCACGGCGACCAUCUACUCCACCAUCCGGCGAGUGGGCACAGUGCUGCAGCUGAUGCACACGCUCAAGUACUACUACUGGGCCUCCAACCCCCAGGAGAGCAGCGCCAUCAACCCCAAAGGCCUGGAUGGACCCCGCCCCACGCAGAAGGAGGUGAUCUCUUUGCGAGCCUUCAUGCUGCUUUUCCUCAAGCAGCUCAUCCUCAAGGAUCGAGGCGUGAAGGAGGAUGAACUACAGAGCAUUCUGAAUUACCUGUUGACAAUGCACGAGGAUGAGAACAUCCAUGACGUGCUGCAGCUCCUCGUGGCCCUGAUGUCGGAACAUCCCGCCUCCAUGAUCCCCGCCUUCGACCAGAGGAACGGGAUACGGGUUGUGUACAAACUCCUGGCGUCCAAGAGUGAGAGCAUCCGUGUGCAAGCACUCAAAGUCCUCGGCUACUUCCUGAAGCACCUCGGUCAUAAGAGGAAGGUGGAGAUCAUGCACACCCACAGCCUGUUCACGCUGCUGGGGGAGAGACUGAUGAUGCACACCAACACGGUCACCGUCACCACCUACAACACGCUAUAUGAGAUUCUCACGGAGCAGGUCUGCACACAAGUGGUACAUAAGCCUCAUCCAGAGCCGGACUCCAGUGUCAAGAUACAGAACCCCAUGAUCCUGAAGGUGGUGGCCACUCUGCUGAAGAACUCCUCCCCCAGUGCAGAGCUCAUGGAGGUCAGGAGGCUCUUCCUCUCCGACAUGAUCAAACUCUUCAGCAACAGCAGAGAGAACAGACGGUGUCUUCUGCAGUGCUCGGUGUGGCAGGACUGGAUGUUCUCACUGGGCUACAUCAACCCCAAGAACCCAGAGGAGCAGAAGAUCACAGAGAUGGUCUACAACAUCUUCCGCAUCCUGCUCUACCACGCCAUCAAGUACGAGUGGGGCGGCUGGCGCGUCUGGGUGGACACCCUGUCCAUCGCACACUCCAAGGUAACCUACGAGGCCCAUAAAGAGUACCUGGCCAAGAUGUACGAGGAGUACCAACGCCAGGAGGAGGAGAACAUCAAGAAAGGCAAGAAGGGCUCCGUGAGCACCAUCUCCGGCCUGUCCGCCGCUCCCGCCACCUCCGCUGGCGGCGUGCCUGGCGCCGUCACCGUCGUCAACGGCAGCAUCGAGAUCCGCGAGCUGGACGACACGUCGCAGACCCAGACGCCCGAGAGCGAGGCCGACUACGGCGAAGGCGCGGUGGUGGAGGGCCGCAACCUGCUGGCCGAGUGCCACAAGGGGCCUGAGGGCACAGCGGCCGUGCCAGUGCCAGGAGAGGCAGUGGUGUCCUCCGUUGCGGCCGUGGUAGCCGGGGCAGCCGCAGCAGCGGCGGCGGGCGCAGGUGGUGCCGGAGUUCCCGCCGGGGUACGGGUGGAGGUCCACGAUCUGCUGGUGGACAUCAAGGCCGAGAAGGUGGAGGCCACGGAGGUGAAGCUGGACGACCUGGAUCUCUCCCCGGAGGUGCUGGGCGUCGGAGGGGUCGGCAUCACGGGUGUAGGCAGCGGUGUGGGUGUGGGCGUGGGUGGUGGUGGUGGUGUGGAGAACGGGCCUUUGGUGGAAGUGGACUCCCUCCUGGACUCCAACUACUGUGCCAGCAUCCACAAGCUGAACGGCACGCUGGCGCCCAAGGAGCUGGCGGGCAUCAACAACGGCGGCACGGGCAUUGGCACCGGUGGCACCGGACACCUGGACGACGGCUCCAACCUGGGCCCGCUGAUCACGCUGGCCGACGAGAAGGACAUGCCGAGCGUGCCCAGCAACAACGGCUUCCUGUUCCCCAAGAGCGACGAGAAGCUGCUGCCCUCGCUGGCCUCGCCCAGCCCCGACCCCCUGGUCCUGGUGGGUGCCGAACAGCCCACCGGAGCACCGUCCUCCUCCUCCUCCGUCUCCUCCUCCGUACUGCAGACCACCACCAGCGCCAGCGAGGACCUGAGCCUGCUGGCGCAUAUGACCACCUGCGGGUCGGACUUGGCCCAGGCAGCAGCGACGGCGUCCGCAGCAGGAACAUCAGGAGCAGGGGCGACGGCGACGACCCCCGGGGCUGGUGCCGGUUCAGGGCUGCCGGAAGACGUGCCGUUCAAGAUGCAGAACGCGCUGGUGGACAUCAGCACCCUGGCGGAGGCGGAGGCCAACGCGGCGGCCCGCAGCCUGGAGUGCGGCGAGGGGGCCGAGGGCGGCACCUCGUCCUCCUCGGUGGCGGCGGGAGGGCUGGACGGUGGCGACGCGGCGGGGAAGACGGCAGCCGGGGACGCCGCCAGCACCACCUCGGACACGGAGAGGUCCGACGACGGCAAGGACAAGGAGAUGAAGAAGAUUCAGACCACCGCCACCACACAGGCCAUGCAUGGCCGCUCCGCCAGCCAGAUGGAGCGAGACCUGCGUGUGGACCUGGGCUUCAGGGGAAUGCCCAUGACGGAGGAGCAGCGCCGGCAGUUCAGCCCGGGGCCCCGCACCACCAUGUUCCGUAUCCCAGAGUUCAAGUGGUCGCCCAUGCACCAGCGCCUGCUCACAGACCUGCUCUUCGCCCUGGAGACGGACGUUCAUGCCUGGAGGAGUCAUUCCACCAAGUCUGUGAUGGACUUUGUGAACAGCAACGAGAACAUCAUCUUUGUGCACAACACCAUCCACCUGAUCUCUCAGAUGGUGGACAACAUCAUCAUUGCCUGUGGGGGCAUCCUGCCUCUGCUCUCUGCUGCCACCUCGCCCUCAACGGAGCUGGAGAACGUGGAGGCGACGCAGGGCAUGUCGUCGGAGACGGCCGUGACCUUCCUGACGCGCCUCAUGGCCAUGGUGGACGUGCUGGUGUUCGCCAGCUCCCUCAACUUCAGCGAGAUCGAAGCGGAGAAGAACAUGUCCUCUGGAGGACUCAUGCGGCAGUGCCUCAGGCUCGUGUGCUGUGUGGCUGUGCGGAACUGUCUGGACUGCAGGCAGCGGCAGCGUGAUCGUGGCAGUAAGACCUCCCUCCCCAUCAGCAAGACCCAGGACAACCUGCAGAGUGCAGCCUCCGCCAGCAAGGAUCCCGAUCGGCUGCUGCAGGAUGUGGACAUCAACCGACUGAGGGCCGUGGUCUUCAGAGACGUGGAUGACAGUAAGCAGGCGCAGUUCCUGGCCCUGGCCGUGGUGUACUUCAUCUCCGUGCUGAUGGUCUCCAAGUACCGGGACAUCCUGGAGCCCCAGCGGGAGAUUGGCAGGUCCAGCAGCCUAUCGGGGAGGAGCAUCCGCCAAGAGAUCAAUUCCCCCACCAGCACAGACGGUGGGCUGCGUGAGCGCCACACCCCCCUGGACGAGCUGCCCAUGGAGGCCUCCCUCCCCCACACCGACUCCGGCAUCGGGGACGACCACGUCUCGGGAGCCCUGAACGGCACCGACCUGGCCAGCGAGAUGGGCCACGGUGGCGGCAUGGGCAGCGGCGGCGGCAUCACUGGCGGCAUAGGCCCGGACGCCAUGAGCGAGCUCCUGGGCACCCUGUCCUCCGAGGUCCGCAAGUCCCGCGAGAGCCUGCUGGAGUCCCCUCCCUCGGUGGCCUCGUCGGCCAUGACGGGCGGGCUGGCCGGCGGCAGCGUGGAGGUCCUAAAGCCCGCCUCCUCCAUCUCCAGCAUCAGCCACCAGUCCAACAAGGGCAUCAACGUCAAGGAGAUCCUGAAGAGCCUGGUGGCCGCGCCCGUGGAGGGGGCAGAGGCACCCGAGCCCCAGGCCUACCACCCGGACCCGGCGCUCAAGCGGGAGGUGCCCAUGCUGCCUAUGCAGUUCCACUCCUUCGACAGGAGCGUGGUGGUGCCUGUGAAGAAGCCUCCUCCGGGCAGCCUGGCGGUGAACACGGUGGGCACGCCCACCACCAGCGGAGCCGCCACCCCCGGCAGCACCCCCAACAUCUUUGCCGCCGCCACGGCCACGCCUAAAAGCAUGAUCAACACCACCGGUGCCACAGACUCAGCCUCCUCGUCCUCCUCGUCCUCCUCCAGCUUUGUGAACGGGGCCACCAGUAAAAACCUGCCGGCCGUGCAGACUGUGGCCCCCAUGCCUGAGGACACCGUGGAGAGCAUGAGUGCCUUUUGCGAGGUGGAUCAGUGUCCACUGCGAACCGGGCUGACCCAACCAGAACUCAAAUCCCUUAGCUCCCUGGCAGGAUUCCAGGCAGCCCCCAGAGAUGCAGGACAGUUCCUUAGCAUCACCACUAAGCUGGAGCGUGCCCUGGAGAAGGUGGCUCCUCUGCUGCGCGAGAUCUUCGUGGACUUUGCUCCCUUCCUGUCGCGCACGCUUCUGGGCAGCCAUGGGCAGGAAUUGCUCAUAGAAGGUCUGGUGUGUAUGAAGUCCAGCACAUCAGUAGUGGAGCUGGUCAUGCUGCUCUGCUCACAGGAGUGGCAGAACUCAAUCCAGAAGAAUGCUGGACUGGCCUUCAUUGAGCUGAUCAACGAAGGAAGGCUGCUGUGUCAUGCCAUGAAGGACCACAUUGUGCGUGUGGCCAAUGAGGCGGAGUUCAUCCUGAACCGCCAGAGAGCUGAGGAUGUCCACAAGCAUGCAGAGUUCGAGUCCAACUGUGCCCAGUACGCGGCCGACCGGCGCGAGGAGGAGAAGAUGUGUGAUCACCUGAUCAGCGCGGCCAAGCACAGGGACCACGUCACAGCCAACCAGCUGAAGCAGAAGAUCCUCAACAUCCUCACCAACAAGCACGGAGCCUGGGGUACCAUGUCUCAGAGCCAACUGCAUGACUUCUGGCGUCUGGACUACUGGGAGGACGACCUGCGGAGGAGGCGGAGAUUUGUACGCAACGCCUUUGGCUCCACCCACCCCGACGUCCCCCUCAAGGCGCUGGCCGAAUACGGCACAGAUGAGGAGGAGGGCGUGAAGUCUAAGAAGGCGUUCCGCAGCCAGUCGGUGGUGGCCCAGAACCCUGAGACGGAGCUGAUGCUGGAGGGAGAUGACGACGCCGUCAGCCUGCUGCAGGAGAAGGAGAUCGACAACCUUGCAGGCCCAGUGGUGCUGAGCACUCCAGCCCAGUUGGUGGCACCAGUGGUGGUGGCCCGAGGCACACUCUCCAUCACCACCACCGAGAUCUACUUUGAGGUGGACGAAGACGACCCUACAUUUAAGAAGAUUGAUUCUAAGGUGCUGGCCUACUCUGAGGGCCUGCACGGCAAAUGGAUGUUCAGCGAGAUCAGAGCAGUCUUCUCCAGGCGCUACCUGCUCCAGAACACCGGCCUGGAAGUCUUCAUGGCCAACAGAACCUCCGUCAUGUUUAACUUCCCGGAUCAGGCCACUGUGAAGAAGGUGGUGUACAGCCUACCACGCGUGGGCGUCGGAACCAGCUACGGCUUACCUCAGGCCCGGCGGAUCUCCCUGGCCACCCCUCGGCAGCUCUUCAAGUCCUCCAACAUGACGCAGCGCUGGCAGAGGAGGGAGAUCUCCAACUUCGAGUACCUCAUGUUCCUCAACACCAUCGCAGGGAGGACGUACAAUGACUUGAACCAGUACCCCAUAUUCCCCUGGGUCCUCACCAACUACGACUCAGAGGAGCUGGAUCUGACCCUCCCAGGGAACUUCAGAGAUCUCUCAAAGCCAAUCGGGGCCCUGAACCCAAAGCGUGCGGCGUUCUACGUGGAACACUACGAGGGCUGGGAAGAGGACGGGACCCCCCCUCACCACUACAACAUGCUCUACUCCACCUCCGCUGCCACCCUCUCCUGGCUCGUCAGGAUAGAGCCCUUCACCACUUUCUUCCUCAGUGGCAACGAUAAGAAGUUUGACCAUCCCGACCGCACCUUCUCUGGCAUCGCACGCUCCUGGAGGAACUGCCAGAGGGACACCUCUGAUGUCAAGGAGCUGAUCCCAGAGUUCUACUACCUGCCGGAGAUGUUCAUGAACAGCAAUGGCUACACGCUGGGCGUGAGGGACGACCGUGCCAUGGUGUGUGACGUGGACCUGCCGGCCUGGGCCAAGAAACCAGAGGACUUCGUACGCAUCAACAGGAUGGCUCUGGAGAGUGAGUUUGUGUCGUGUCAGCUGCACCAGUGGAUCGACCUGAUCUUUGGCUACAAGCAGCGCGGGCCAGAGGCCGUACGGGCCCUCAACGUGUUCCACUACCUGUCCUACGAGGGCUCCAUCAACCCCGACACCGUCAUCGACCCCCAGCUCAGAGACACUAUGGAGGUUCAGAUCCAGGCAUUUGGUCAGGUCCCAUCACAAUUGCUCAUCGAGCCCCACCCGCCACGCAGCUCCGCCAUGCACCUGUGUUUCCUUCCCCAGAGUCCGCUGAUGUUUAAGGACCAGAUGCAGCAGGACGUGAUCAUGGUGCUCAAGUUCCCCUCCAACUCCCCCGUGACGCAUGUGGCGGCCAACACGCUGCCGCACCUCAGCGUCCCCGCAGCCGUCACCGUCACCUGCAGCCGCCUGUUCGCCGUCAACCGCUGGCACAACACCGUCGGACUAAGAGGAGCUCCUGGAUACUCUCUAGAGCAGGCCCACCAUCUGCCCAUCGAGAUGGACCCACUGAUUGCUAACAACUCUGGUAUCAACAAGAGGCAGAUUACGGACCUGGUGGACCAGAGUAUCCAGAUCAACACGCACUGCUUCGUGGUGACGGCGGAUAACCGCUACAUCCUGGUCUGCGGCUUCUGGGACAAGAGCUUCAGGGUCUACUCCACAGAGACGGGCAAGCUGACCCAGAUCGUGUUUGGCCACUGGGACGUGGUGACGUGCCUGGCCCGCUCCGAGUCCUACAUCGGGGGAGACUGCUACAUCGUCUCAGGCUCCCGGGACGCCACGUUGCUGCUCUGGUACUGGAGCGGACGCCACCACAUCAUCGGAGACAACCCCAACAACAGUGACUACCCAGCUCCCCGUGCUGUCCUGACAGGGCAUGACCAUGAGGUGGUGUGCGUGUCUGUCUGCGCAGAGCUGGGCCUCGUCAUCAGUGGAGCCAAAGAGGGCCCAUGCCUGGUGCACACCAUCACAGGGGACCUGCUGAGGGCCCUGGAGGGCCCCGAGAACUGCCUGCGGCCCCGGCUCAUCUCCGUGUCCAGCGAGGGCCACUGCAUCAUCUACUACGAACGCGGACAGUUCUGCAACUUCAGCAUCAACGGCAAGCUGCUGGCACAGAUGGACGUCAACGACUCCACACGGGCCAUCCUGUUGAGUAGUGAUGGGCAGAACUUGGUGACGGGCGGUGACAAUGGCGUGGUGGAGGUGUGGCAGGCCUGUGACUUCAAGCAGCUCUACAUCUACCCCGGCUGCGACGCCGGCAUCAGGGCUAUGGACCUGUCCCAUGACCAGAGGACUCUGAUCACUGGAAUGGCGUCGGGAAGCAUCGUAGCGUUCAACAUUGACUUCAACCGCUGGCAUUAUGAGCACCAGAACAGGUACUGACGUCAGAGUGAAAGAGGAGGAGGAGGAGGAGGAGGAGGAGGAGAAGAAGGAGUAGUGGGCAGGCGGAGCAAAGCCCAGGAGGAGCUCAGCCAAUGGCACACGCUGGGCCCCCAUCUCAGCAGCCCAGGAGCCAAUCAGCUCCGACGAGGAGGCACCAUGAGUGACACAUCUGUAAGCCCCACCCCCUCAUCACACCGUCCCACCCUCUCCACUUCACUCUCUCAAGUACUGAGCCGGCCGGGAGCGAUCAAGAAACCCUAACAAUUUUUUUGCUGUUUAUUUAAAAAAAAAAAAAAAGAAGUACAAGCGGCAAGACCUGAAGCUACCAGGUAUCAGAGGGGCCUCGUUCAUCGUUGGGGUCAAGCUCCUCAUGUGAGGUUCCACUGUCUAUUCAAACUGUGAAUACACGACCACAAGAAAGUUCACCAACUGGCUGAGAUAACUGCACACACAGCAGACUGAAGUCAUGGGCCACUCUUUCUCUCUCUCUCCCUCUCUCUCUCUGUCUCUCUGUCUCCCUGUCCGUCUCUCUCUCUCUCUCUCUCUCUCUCUCUCUCUCUCUCUCUCUCUCUCUCUCUCUCUCUCAUCAUCCUCAAAUUAUAAAGGAUGCUUUUAAAUCACAAGAAGGAAAAAAAUAAUGUAUGUCUCAGUUGCUGAGCUCCGCUGCAGUUGUUUUGUUGAGGCGAGUUGGAUUGUUGAAAGAAUGUGAAGCAAGUGCAGAUGAACAAACAAAAGAAGAAAAGUUAAAAAAAGAAACCUGACCCUCACCAUUUAUCUAAGUGCGGUCUGUGCUGUAGUUGAAUAUGACGGAGGCAGAUGGAAAACUACAGACGCGCAAUCAGCCCCCCACCCCACCCUCCACCCCCGAAUCCCACC